UUUCUCUUUAUCCUGUCAAGCUAACGUUUUGGUUUAGGGAGAACGAGCAUUUAGAAGCACUAGUGGCGGUGCUGGCUGAAAAGCCUGAGCCUGGAGAAAGAUGAGUUCUAUGAGCGGUGGCUCGCAGCCACUGUGCAGUUGCUGCGAUAGCGGCGGAUUUGUCCCUGAAGUCGACAAUCGUCACUUGAGCCAAGGUGUGGGCGCAGCGCAAUGCCAGUCUUGCAAACACACGGCGAUAUCUCAUCGAAAGACGGAACACAUCCCUUACCCGACAGUGCGUCCGGCGCAACCUUCCCGACCUGCUCUUCCGCAGGAGACUGGCGUUUACCGUGAGCAGAAGCAGCAGCGAUAUGAUACAACACAACCGGAGCACGCGUAUCAUCAGCGACCUGGUGGGGAACGAACACCAUCAGUAAUGCCAAUUCCGGGCGUUCAGCCAACGAGUGUCUUUCCUGGCAGCGACCCCGCGCAUCCUCCAGGCAGUGGCAGACCUUCAUAUGACCGUCCAAAUGAAGGCCAGCGGCAGGGAGCACCUCUGCCUCUGGGAACAUCAAAUGGCAUAGAGCAAAAUCAGCAGCAACACCAUGUAGUUGAAGCUGGCUUUACACCACGACAGCGCGUAGAGAGCAUGUACCGCACGCCAGAGCAGCAUACUAGCACGCAGUCUCGCAGAGAGCGAGCCAAAGCACUGGUAACGCUCAUGGAUGCUGACGAACGCUACAAAACGGUCGAUAUGGAUCAGCUGAUGGAGGCCAACCGUGAGACCCACCAUCAGCAGUAUGGUACGAUCAUGGCUGAUGGUAUGGAUGUCCUGGAGCGCUAUGCGUUCAACUUGCUGCGCGAGACCAGACCGGAUGGGUGGCGAACAAUACGAUGCAGCAACACGGUGUACAAGACACGGAUAUUACCAAUGGUGGGUGCGCAGGUUUUUCUAAACAUCCUCGGCUACACACAGGUCACAGAGCAGGAGCUCUCCUUCCCGCCCGACACUAUUCCUAAUCGGGCCGUGGUCGUGGAACUUGCCGCCGACAUGAUACUGGCCUACGCGGAAAUCGAGCUGCGCAUGCAGGGCCUUUGGUCCGACGUGGACACACUGAUGUCUGGUCAGCCUCUGUCCCAGCCUGGACACCAGCAGCAGCAGCAACUCAACCAAGCAGCAGCGCCUGGUCGGGGUGUGAUGGACUCAGCGCAGUUCCAACGUGGUGCUUACCUUGGCACAGACCGAAAGGCAGCACCGCAACCCACGCUGGAUCCACCGCUACAGCGGCACCAGCAGCCAUUUCAGCAACAAUACCAGCACCACCAGCAGCAAGCCUUGCGACAGCAGCCUGUUCAGCAGCAACCUCUUCAACAGCAGCCCCUGCAAUAUCAACCCCUGCACGAACAGCCCCUGCAGCAACAACCCCCGCAGCAGCAUCCCCUGCAGCAACAACCACCGCAACAGCAGCCCCUGCAGCAACAAGAACAGCCCAUGCAGAAACCAUAUCCGUUUGGUUUUGUUCAGCCACCUGCAGCCACAAAUGCUGGGGAAGCACACAUGCCAGAAGCAUUGCAUCCGCUUCCCGCUACCCGGCAGGAUUCCCAUUUGCCAAAUUUCGAGGUUCAAAAGCCGAUUCCACAAGGAGACGUGCAUCCGGAGAGGUUUAGGAACCACCAAUCAGAUCUGUCUUCCUCCGGUCCACAGCAGACUGGAGCAGAUAGCAGGCAAGGUACAGCACACUAUCAAGAACGCAGCGAGCCAAAGGCACUGCACGCACACCCACCAGCGCCAGACAGGCAAGACCAGGACAGGUACCAGUUGCCACCUCUGGACAUACAGUCAAACCAGCAGAUGCACCAGCAACAGCAGAGUGGUGCCGAGCAGCAUCUUCCAAGACAACCGCAGCAUUCCAACCAGCAGCACAUGAGCUCGGACCCUUUGCACGAAAACAGUAGUUUGCCUCCCGGUGUCCCUGGGCAAGCUGGCAAUAUGGCCAGCUCUGCAGCAAGCAGCAGUGGACAGGAGCUGCUUAGCCAACAGUCCAGUCCAUAUCAACACCUUCCAGGUGCCAUUGGCAGUCAGAAUCAUCCAUUGGGAGCAUCUGGUCGCAUGCAACUGCCGAAGAUUGACCUACAGAAGUCAGCUAUCGGCUCAGGUGAUAACCAAACUGUGUCGCUCAUCACACCGGAUGUAAUUGGAGUGGUCGGCUCAGGGGAGGCCUUUCCACAGACGACGGCGCCGAAACAAGUGCCUGUUGCUGCAGCUUCCGAAGUAGCUGCUGAAUACGGCACCACGCCCCGCAGUGGAGAGAGUGUUCAUCGACGAAGUUCCGGCAGUUUUCCACAAACACCUACUACUCCUGCUACUCCAGCCAGCAGAACCUCUUCUCGUCCAACAAGCAGUAGCUCUGACCGUCAGAUGUGGUCUGCGCAGCAGCAGCAGCGGCAGCAUUCUUCUGAUUCAUCCUCGUCUCCCGCAGCAGUGACAACACCCCAGGGUGGAUUCCAAUCAACUCAGCGACCCAUGUCGGGACAACAGCCGCAGCAGCGGCAGUAUGCAGGACAGCACUCUGGCGUCAUGCCUGCUACACCGCCACAGAGGUACUCGUCGCGUGACUCUGGGCCGCAGCACCCACAUCAGUACUCCGGUCAGCAGAGCUACUCAUCCGGCGAGUAUCCAUAUCCGCCACGCACCAAUAUGUCUGGCCCGCAUUCAGCGCAGCUGCCUGGUGGCAUACAGGCACAGCAGAGUGCUGGAACUGAGCAUGGUCAUCAGUCCGGCGGACAUCACUCCAGCGGUCAUCAAUCCAGCGGCCAUCACUCGGGGCCGAGGAAUCACUCUGAUCAACAUUCGGGCUAUCAGUCAAGUCACCAUUCCGGACCAAUACACCACUCGGGACAACACCAACCUCACUCGGGACAACACCAACCUCACUCGGGACAACACCAACCUCACUCGGGACAACACCAACAUCACUCGGGACAACACCAACGUCACUCGGGACAACACCAACCGCACUCGGGUCAACACCAACCUCACUCGGGCCCGCAUCAUUAUUCUGGCCAGCUCCAGCAUGUUGAGCCUCAGCCGCAGCGUGUCUCUGGACCACAGCAGCACUACCAAGAAGGAGCUACAAAUAUCCCCGGAGCUGUGCCUUCGGGAGCAGGACUCACAAGCACGGGUGCUUCGCCCAGCGGCCCUCAGGCUGCGGCAGUGCAUCAACCGUUUCCGGGACCGGACCAGAACAACUUAAACAUAGCCUCUGCAAGUCGUGAUGGUGCGUAUGCUGGGCAGCCUGAUGGUUACUCACAAGAUGCAGGUCCUCAUUCAACACCUCACUCUGGCGAGCACCGGCGAUUUGCUCCUGGUCAAACUUUGAAUGAACCGAAACAUGUUACUACUCCACGUAGUGCUUCGGGCAGCAAGCGACGCCCUCCCCCACCUCUUGGCACUGCCAGGCCUUUGACCGUGGAAGGUUUGAAUCAAGGUGCAGCUGGUUCGCUGAAGCCUGAUUCUUCUAGCAGCCUGAACCAGUCCAUCGUCCUGCCUGCCAGUAGACAAGAUCCGGGUGUUAUCGGUGCAGCGGUAACGCCAUCACAGAUGGCUGCCGGAGUGGACCUUUCCACCCCGGGCGCGUCUGCUAGCCGGCCGCACAGCCGGUCUAGCGGGAGGGCAGAGCCAGUCCAGUGUGCAAUGUGUCAUGAGAACGAGGCAACCUUCAUGUGCAGCAAGUGCCCCCUGAGUCCGUUGUGCGAGCGCUGUGACGAGAUCAUGCACAAGCCCCGACCGGAUCACCGGCGUCAACGGAUAAGCCGUCCUGGAUCGACCCCGUCCCAGGGCUCAACUCCUCCGCAAAGGCCAGACGCAGCAGGUCCGCCGCAAAGCAGUAACUCGGCAACCUCAAGCUCUCCCUAUGCGGAACCCAAUCAGCGACUGCAGCAGACUGUCGGCAGCAGGCUUUCAACGUUGCGUGAAGCCAUUUCUCCACAGUCUAGUCUCGGCACGGCAGCAGCACCAGCAGAGACAUCAGCAGCGACAGGAAACGCCGAUAAUUCCCAGCAGGCCUUUGUGGCGCGGACCGAACCGGCACGAAAGUCACAAGCUCAGGCGUUACUCAAGCAAGAGGCAAAGCUGGAGUACGAGGAACAUAUGCGUGAAAGGGAGAGGCAAGCAACAUUUUCUAACCUAGAUCAGGCACGCGCGUCAUCGAAUGAACGCCAAACACUCCAGGACACUUCCUCGGGAAGCGAUGCAGAUGUCUUUGUUUCGGCCCCGUCAUCACCACAGUCUGGGGUGCCCAGCACAAGCGAGUCCCCCAGACCAAAUCCCACUCCAAGACCACGUGCCGGAUCCAAGCCCAGCUCGCAGACACCCCCCAAGCCAGUACCACAAGCUAGACCGAGAAAGAAGGCACCUUCGCUGCCUCCCCAGGAACCGUUGCAGCCGCAGAAACCAUCACAGCAGCCAAACCAGCCAUCACAGCAGCCAAACCAACAGCCAUCACAGCAGCUGACUGCUGAACUGCAACGGCCCGAUGUAUUGCAGAACCUAAACCGAAAUGAUCAGGCUACACAGUCUCAGAAACCAGUUUCAAACCAACAGCCAAGCUUUCAGCAGACGCAGCCCUUACAGCCGCCGGAGCAGCAGCCGCCGCAGCACCGGUCGCAAGCACAGCUGCACCGGCCAGUCCAACAUCAGCCAAACCAGCAUCCACGUACCCUAGAUAUGACCUUUGAAGUAGUGCAGAAGUCCCAGAAUGAUCAAGAUAACGUCACUAGGGCUCCAGCAAAUGGCCAAAUGGAAGUUCCCAAGGCAGUAAAUGGCCAAGCCGAGGUCCCCCAAAGGCCAAUUGGACGAACUCAAGCCUCGACUAAGCCCAGUGGUCAAGAUGAGCUGGCAAGGGAGCCACAUAGUACAACUGGUACCGGGCCAUCAGACUGUGGUGCAGCAGCCCAAGGCACUGGUAAUGCUCCGGCCUACACAGUAGAAACUCUUGCAUCUCCCGAGCCAAACCAACCUACCAUUGAUCGCCUGAAAGUGGAGAAAGAGCGUACUGAUGGAAUGCAGUUUAUUCUCUGGAUGAAGGAGAUUGAGCGUGUGGGCACUUUCACGCCAGAGGACUUGAACAACGCCUAUACGUUUUUGUUGCAAUGCGCCUACGAUGACAACGGGGUCCACAACAAGUCGCUGGACAUUCCCAACCCGGUGCAGUGGCUCUACGGACGUGGAUUCGCCGAACACUGCCAGCUGGUAUGCCGGCGUGCAGUGGAGAUCAGUCCCAUCGUGCACACGAUAUCGAAGCAGGAAGCGCAGCACUACCUGCGGCUCAACGAGAUGAGUGCUGUGCGCGCUGCCCUGGUGGUGGUCAAGGAGCGGCAGAAAAAUGCGGCUGCCAUCUGCGAAGAGCUAUCAGUGCAGAUUGAAGUGGCCCAUCAGGCCCUGUGGGAAGCUGAUGGCGAUGUCGAGGCGGCCCAUCGUGGCAUCGUGCGUCACCAUCUGCUGGCCAAUCACUUGGACCGGCUGUGGCAUCAAACCGACGUGGGUUGCCGCGUCUUCACCGGUGAAAGUGGAGAGUCCAGGAAGUAUCCGGAGGUGAUCCAGGAGAAAGGUGCAGAGAAGCAGCAUCGCAUUCGCUGCAUCAUGUCCGAAGUUGUCGGCCUUGGCAACGUGAAUAAGGCUGAGCUUGCUAUCCUCAUCCACGACGAGGGCUUGUCGGAUGAUGUCAUCGACGUGGUGGAAGCAGCGCGGCAGACUAACUGCAUUGCCGAAGCACAGCGCUUCCUGAAAGUCGAGUGCCAGAUCUGCUUCACAGACCAUCCGCACCGCAGGAUUCUGUCGACUGGUUACUGUGAGUGUCACGUGUGCUCUGACUGCCUGCGAGAGUACUACAAGGUCUGCAUCCUGGAAUACAACCUCAUCCGCUUUGUUUGCCCAGUGUGCCUAAUGCCAAACGUACUGCAGAUGGCCGAGGACGUUACCUAUCUGCAAGACUACCUCGGCUGCCUGGAUAUCUUUCUACGCAACCUGCUGCCCAUAGACCAGCAUGAUCUGUUUCACAAGAAGCUGGCCGACUUCACUAUGCAUCGUAGCAGUGAUUUCCGCUGGUGUCCACAUUGCAAUAACGGCUUUGUGAACGAAAUACCGGAUCGCUUCUGUGUGGCAUGUCCCACGUGUCGUGAGAGCAGUUGCUUCAAGUGCAAAGUCAAGUGGGAGGAACAGCAUCAAAGUAAGUCCUGUGAGCAGUUUCACCGCUGGAAGACAGAGAACGAUGAAGAGUAUCAGCAAAAGGGCCUUGCUGCUCACUUGGCAGAGCAUGGCAUCACCUGCCCCAGCUGCCAUUUCCGCUACGAGAUGUCACGCGGUGCCUGCAUGCACUUCACGUGCUCGCAGUGCAAGCACGAGUUCUGCAGUGGAUGCAACAAUCCGUUCAUGCGCGGGGAGGAGUGCGGUCGGCCCAAUCACAAAGCCAUGGGUUUCCACUGCCACUGUCCACGGGACUGCCUGUCUCGGCUAAGGGACUGCGACGUCGCGCAUCUCCAAGACAUCUUGAAGAAGAGCGGAGUCGAGUAUCGCACUCAGCCGACCGAGGCACAGAUACGGCAAGCGCAAGAAUCUGCCGGAGACGACGGUGCUCAAGUCAAGUGCUCCAUCAGCGAGCAGAAACAGGACGGGACGCGGCUAUUCGACGAGCUCUGCGGGCGCGAUGCCGUCAACGACCAUGCCGGAUUGUGCGAGAAGCACUAUAAGGAGUAUCUGGUCCAUGUCAUCAACAGCCAUGCUCUUGAUCCAGCACCCUUCAUGACCAUUGGUGAGCUAUCCAUUGUGAUUCGACAGAAUGAGCUUGCUGAAGAAACUCCGAAGCGCACAGACGAUGUGACCGAGGACCAGCACCGCGAGCUGCUCCUUCAGUUUGUCCAGGACCGGAUUCGGCUUACUCGUGAGAAGAGUGUUUCCGCCUUUGAUGCCGGAGAUGACGGCGGUUCCGCUGAUGAAUCCGACAGCGGCAAUGAUGCUGGAGAUAGUGCUGACGGGGAGUCAGGUGAAGAGGCGAUGGAGGAAGCUUGACAAACUGCACUUGUUUUAAAGUCUUCAGGGACCGAAGAAUUCUAUUUUGAGCAGUGUUUUUAAUCUCCAUUUCCGUGUUCAUAUUAGGGCAAAGUGCAUCCAUGAUCUUUUAUUAGGCAGAUGAUGAGAGUGCUUUUGCCCAUUGAGAAUAUUUUUAAUAUAGAAGUUUAUACUGUAAUUCUCAUUGCUGGUGGCCAAUUCCGUUUCUUUCCUUUCUCAUUUUUUUCUUUUCCUCUUUUUCCAAUCCAGCAAGGGCUAGACGUUCCAGCCCCUCCCCCCCCCCCCACCCCACACACACACUCCUUCUACCCAAAUUAUGAACAAUAUUCUAUUGACCAUUGUUGUGCUGUCUUACUUGAUAUGAAAUAUUUUUGAGUAUUGGUCGAGUUCCUUG